GCGGAAGCGACGCGGGGGAUCCGGGAAGCCAGAGGCGCCUUCGCUGCGUCCCACAAGCAUCCGAAAGCCGGCAGUGGAUAUAGUCUAGUGGUUGAUCGGGGAAGGAGCCUGGCGGCCGCGAUGCAACUUCUCCGAGGUUUUCUGGUAGCUCUUGCUCUGCAUGUGGUGGGCGCGCAGAUGAAAGAUGUGGUUCUUCAGAACAGCACUACUGAAGGACCAGUGGUAUCCUUUUUUGAUGUUUGGAAUCGCAGCUCCUGCCAGCCAUUGGAGAAACUAGUCAGUGUUGUAUCAGAAUACCCACAUGAAGUGGAGCACGUGUUCAAACCAUCCUGUGUUUCUGUGCGUCGCUGCUGUGGAUGUUGUAGAGAUGAGGCACUGCAAUGUGUCCCAGUGGAAAUGGCCAAUAUCACUAUGGAGCUCAAGAAGAUCAACCUAGAGAAUCAGGUACCCUUCGUGGAGUUGUCAUUUACUGAACACAGGAAAUGUGAAUGCAGGCCCCGACAAGAUGCUCUGAAGUCAGGGAGGAGGAGGAGACUCAAGGGACGCAGCAAGAAGAAGCGGGAAAAGCAGAGACCCAAAAAUUGAUCUCCAUGUGUGCCAUUUGAUGAUAGUUGUUGCUUUCUCAGCCAAGGGCAGUGCGCAAUGCCUCUUUUUAAAUGCUAAGUCCUCUUCAACAUUCCUCUGAAGUUACAAUUUUGACUGAUGGAUUCAGGGGUCUGAUAACAGCUUGCUCACUUGAAGUAAGAGCAAAAAGGGAGGAGUAAAGACGACAUCCCAGUGAGAAUAUGUCAGGACAUUCUGAGGGAGAUGGUUUUUAUAUAUAUAUAUAUAUAUAAUUGCAUCAGAGGACUGCUGCCAGGAUCAAAUGAAGACCUGUUUAUCUCAGUCCAUUCCCUUUCUACAUAAAGCUAAUAUUUCACUCUGGUUUCUGCAGAAUUGAGAGUAAAAUGGAAAUACAAGAAAACAGCAGCAGGUUUAUGUUUCAAAUAUUUGGAGUUUAGAGAACUUAAACUAUUAAGACAAAUGUGAAUACUUCCUCCUGGAUAUUUUCUGGAUAUUGUCUCUCAGUUGGGAAUUGAGAAAUGAAAGGGAAGAAAAGUUUGAGCUAAACUUUACCAAUCCUAAGUCUUGUUUUUCACCAGGGCUAAUACCCAGAGAACACGCCUUCCUAUAAAACAUGUCUAAAACAGCAAGUUAACCUUGAUAAAUAAGAGCUAUAACUCCUUAUCAAAUAAUAUUCUAGAAGUCAGUAUUUCAGAAAUCAGAGCCCCAGGCAAGGAAAUGAGAGCAGAGAACGUAGUUCCUGCUCAAGUUCCUAUCAAUUUAGUGUACAUGUAGGCCUUUGUUGCCCCAGGAAAAUUAGUUCUGGAUUAUCCCCGCAAAAUCAUUUUUCUCAAGAAAAUAUAAUGUUGUGCUUGACAUGUUUUGCAAGCUCUUCUGCUUAUCUUGCAGUAGAAAUCAUAGUACUUGCUUAUCAGUUUACUGGAUUUUGUUCAUACAUGUCAUCCUUGAUUUUCAAACACAACUGAAACCAUCAUUUCCAUUGCUAAGGAAGACAUUUGUGAAGUGAGUUUUGUCACAUUUUACAACUU